CUCGGCCCCGCCCCCCCCCUCGGCUCCUGCACCAGCUUCUGCUCCCCACCUGAGGGGACUUUUUCCCCCUCCCGCCUAGGGGGCGUUGCCUCUCUCCGCCUCAGCCUUCCGAGCGGGUGGGGUGGCAGUUGGUCCUCUCGCCUUCUGGGAGGGGAUGUGGAUGUGACUGUCCCCCAGCCCCCACUGCCCGGCGCGCUCCCUCAACAAUGAGGGGAGGCGGCCUCCCCAGGUCAAAAACGAUUGUUCUCUUGCAGUGAGGAGAGUGGUGUGCCAUUGAAGGGGGUCGGGGGGCUGACCCCACAACCCCGGGCUUCUUGCCACCACCACCCGGCUUUCGCUGGCUUGCCUGUCCCUUCUUCCGGAGCAUAUUGCCCUUUUGGCCACUUUUGAGGCAAUUUACGGGGCCAUCUCCCCCCAAGGGGAUCUGACCUUUCCCCCCAAUUAAGGGGACGGGCACUUUCAUGAGGAUUACUCUCUUUUUUCCAGUUUUAUUGUUUAUAUGACACUUUUAAUCCAGGGAGCUCAAGAGCCUGUUUUAAGGGGUCGUUACCCCAAGUACUCUUUCCCUCUCUUCCUAACACCCGACUGGCUGGAGGCCAUGUUUCCUGUUUUCCCCUGCACCCUCCUGGCCCCCCCAUUCCCUGUAUUGGGAUUGGAUUCCAGGGGGGUUGGCAAUCUAAUGAACUCUUUUCCCCCACCUCAGGGUCACGCCCAGAAUCCCCUGCAGGUUGGGGCUGAACUUCAGUCCCGGUUCUUUGCAUCCCAGGGCUGCAACCAGAGUCCAUUCCAGGCUGCCCCAGCCCCCCCACCGACUCCUCAGGCCCCAUCUGCCGAGCCCCUCCAGGUUGACCUCCUCCCUGUCCUCGCUGCAGCCCAGGAAUCAGCGGCUGCUGUGGCAGCAGCAGCUGCAGCAGCGGCUGCAGCCGCCGCUGCACCCCCAGCCACUGCCACAGCUUCCACAGUGGACACAGCAGCCCUGAAGCAACCCCCUGCACCACCUCCACCACCCCCUCCAACCUCUGCACCAGCUCCUGAAGCUGCACCUCCAGCUACAAUUGCUGCUACUGCCACAGCUGCUGCUGCCCCAACCUCCACAGCUGUUGUAGCUCCUGUAGCUACUGCUCUGGAGAAGAAAUCAAAGAGCAAAGGGCCAUAUAUCUGUGCCCUCUGUGCCAAGGAGUUUAAGAACGGCUAUAACCUUCGACGGCAUGAAGCCAUUCAUACGGGUGCCAAGGCUGGGCGGGCUGGCCCCGGUACUAUGAGGAUGCCCACCAUGGUGCCCCUGAGCCUCCUAAGUGUGCCAGCAACACUGGGCGGAGCUGGUGGGGGUGGGGGUGAAGGGGGUGCUGGGGGUGGAGGGGCUGGAGUUGGUGGAGGUGGCGUGGUAACCACCACAGCCUCUGGGAAGCGGAUCCGGAAGAACCAUGCAUGUGAGAUGUGCGGAAAGGCCUUCCGUGAUGUCUACCACCUGAACCGGCACAAGCUGUCACACUCUGAUGAGAAGCCGUACCAGUGCCCUGUCUGUCAGCAGCGCUUCAAGCGCAAGGACCGCAUGAGCUACCAUGUGCGCUCACAUGACGGCGCUGUGCACAAGCCCUACAACUGCUCCCACUGUGGCAAGAGCUUUUCCCGGCCAGACCACCUCAACAGCCACGUCAGACAGGUGCACUCAACAGAACGGCCCUUCAAAUGUGCGACAUGUGAAGCAGCAUUUGCUACCAAGGACCGACUCCGAGCACAUACGGUGCGGCAUGAAGAGAAGGUACCAUGCCAUGUAUGUGGCAAGAUGCUGAGUGCAGCCUACAUCUCCGACCAUAUGAAGGUGCACAGCCAAGGACCUCACCAUGUCUGCGAGCUCUGCAACAAAGGCUUCACCACGGCGGCAUACCUGCGCGUCCAUGCGGUGAAGGACCACGGGCUCCAGGCCCCCCGGCCCGACCGGCUCCUGUGCAAGCUCUGCAGUGUGCACUGCAAGACCCCCACCCAGCUGGCUGGCCACAUGCAGACCCACCUCAGUGGGGGCGCACCCCCUGUCCCUGGAGACGCCCCCCAGCCACAGCCGCCACCGCCGCAGCCCACCUGCUGAGGGGAACC